UCUCGGGGCCAAGCCUCCGCGGAAAACAACGCUCAGAUCCCACCCGCCGCGCGCCCGGUUGAAAGGGGCCGGUUCUCCCGAGUGGGGCUUCCCGGGUGGGCCGCACACGCCUGACGAGCUGGGAAAAGAGCACGGGACGAGGGUCGGGCUCAAGGAGGGGAGCUGGGGUUGUGGGACGACGGAGACGGAGGAAGAAAGGGAUGGACAGGAGGCCGGGACUGGGCGGGGUGAGGACAGCUCGACGGGAGAGGCUGGGCUCCGGGGAAAGGAGCCGGCGGAGUCGGGGACGCAAGGGUCAAAAUCCGCCUGACGGAUCUGGCGAAGAGGAGCCGGUGGCUAAGGAGGAACGCCGGCUUGAAUUUCCUCCGCAGAGUCCCGAAGUCUCUCCCCGCGGACAUGGUGGAGCCGGAGGAGCUGCCGCCGCCUCGGCCCAGAGACCUCCGGGACGACGCUGCUCCAGCCGGUUGACCGAGAGGCUAGAGGAAGGGCGGGCGCCGAGCUCACUCGGGCCCUACUGGGCCCGGCGGCGGAGCCAGGCUGGAGGGCAGGGCUCCUCCACACAGACCCGCAGCCGCCGCCGCCGCCUCCCCUCGGAGUCGCCCAGCACCGAGCGAGGCCCGCGGCUGCGACGGGAAGGGGGCCGUGCUGGAGGUGUGCUCGGCGGUCCCAGGGCUGGAGCCAUUCCCUUCUCAGCAGCCCACUGGGGUGAGGGUGGCGCAGCCGGAACGCAGACGCGCCCGGGGCGCCUCACACGCGGCGCCUGAGCGUCGCCGCCGCCGCCGCCGCUGCCGCAGCCCGACCCGCCGAGUGCGCGAGCCUCCCGCGCGGCGCCCCGCCAGCCUCAUUAUUUUUAUUCUACGAAGUCUUUCAUCCAAAUUUAGUUAUCUGCGUAUUAUUUUAGGUUUUUUUUAAGUGGCAUUAUUGUUACAUGUAAUGCUUUAAUGCAUCUGGAAAGUAUUUUACACUACAGUAUAAAGUGUAGAUCUGAAAUGAUCCUCUGACUUCCAGGCUGUUUUUCCAACACCAUUUGCCGCAUAAUCCCCUCUUCUCGUUGGUUGGUGAGCUUUCUUUCUCAGUAAAUUCGUAUGUUAUUUGGAGUAGUUUCAGAGUUAUCUACUUUUUUUGGUUUGUCCAUUAGUUCUUGGUGAUACAACCUUGUUUUAUUUCUGUAGCUUUAUGAUACAUUUAAUAUCCAGCAGAGAAAAUGUCCCUUCCUCAUACAACUUAUUUUUCUUUAACAAAAAUUUUGUAGUAAACUCAUCUGUUAAUUUCCCAGUGAAAUAAAGCCAGGGAAAUUUUGUCAAUUUCUAAAUUCUAAUUGUGUCACAUUCUUUUAAAUUGUAAUUGGAAGUGAAGUGUGAUGAACUAUGAAUUAACCAACAGAGAUUUGAAUUCUUUUCAUUAGCUUUCCAUUCAAGAAUAUGGAUGUUUCUGUAUUUUGUUACAUCUUUUAUAUAGCUUAUGGAUCUAAUACAGUUCUUAGAGGUAGUUAGAAUAUUUAAAAAUUGCUAUUGUGGCUGGAAUAUUUUCUGCCAUCACACCUUCUAACUGGUUAUAUAGAAAUAUAGUAAAUAGUAAAUAGAAAAUAUAGUAAGUAACAGUAAAUAGAAAAACUUUUUGUGUGGAUUUACUUUGCACACAGGCUCUUUUGUGUUCAAAAAUUUUGAGUUGGUUCCAAUUUUCUGGCUGUAUAAUUAUAUUUUUACAAGUGAUAAUAUUUCCUUCCUAUACCUGUAUCUAUAUCAUCCAUAUCUAUAUAAAGGAUUUCAAUCUAACAUGAAUGAAAAUAUGAAAUGGGAAAUCUCACACAUGUGCCCUCAGAAGAACAGAACUUAAGCAGAGAGACUGAUUGCCAUUAAAUGCCUGAUUUACAGAAGACUGAGACUUAUCUCCUUAUCAAUGAAUAUUCACCAAGAAUAUCUCCCCAUCCUCAAGCCAAUGAACUUACUGCUUGGACUCCGGCUGGAUUUCCCCCUUUUUGUACUCCUUGCUCAUAAAUAGAGCCCACCCCAAACCCUCAGUGGACUCACUGUAUCUUGCUAUAGCAUGCAUUUCCUGAGUUGAAAUUCUUCUGCUACUCCCAAAUAAACUCAAAUCUCUGGUAAUCUGA